AUGUCGUUUGUGCAGGCGACCGUUCGCUCACCGCUGACGUCCCAGCCUCUUCUUGUUCCGUGCGUCGCCCCCGCGGGCCGCGUGCUGGGGUCCCGCCGCCCGGUGCACCGCUCCCUGCGCGCCAUGGCCGGCCAGGACGGUCGGCAGCCGUGGGACCUGGGGCGCUUCGCGCGCACCGUGUUCUUCUUCAACGAGCCGCCGUCGCUCGACUCCGUACGCUCCCUCGCCGCGCUGCACGCCCUCCCCCCCCGCCCGUGCCGCUCACUGGCUCGCCUUGCUCUCUACUGCUUUCCCAUCCGCUGCCUUCCAAUCCAUCCGCGCAUCUGCGUCUGCGCGCCGCAAACCCUCUUCUCGUCACUUGUGACUGCGCUCACAGGCGCUCCUGCGUCCCCCGCGCCAGUCGCUGCAGCGGACACGGGCGGGCGGGAGGGGGGAGAGCUGGUGCUGGUGGUGGGGGCGACGGGGGGAGUGGGCAAGCGGGUGGUGGAGCUGCUGCGAGCGCAGGGGGUGCCUGUGCGCGCACUGGUGCGCAACUUGGACAAGGCACAGAGCUUGCUGGGGGAGGACGUUGAUGUGGUGGCAGCGGACGUGACGCAGAUGGCAACGCUGCAGCCGGCGUUCUUCAGGGGUGUGACGGCGGUGGUGAAUGCGUGUGCUGUCACUGUGGGGCCCAAGGAGGGCGACACCGCGGACAGGCAGAAGUACUACCAGGUGCGCCCACCCGCCCCUCUCCCUCCUGCCCAGUUCUUCCCUGCUCUUUGGCUUCAGUGGCAGCGCAUGGCGGUGGUGGGGAGAGGCAGAGGUGCCAUGGGGGGCAUCAAGUUUUACGACCCACAGGCAAGUGCUCUCCACCCGUCUCACCUCUCUGCCCUGCUGUUGUGCCCCGUUGCACACGCCACCUGCCAUGGCACCUUUCAGUUCCUGAAGCAUUCCCUUAUCAUAGGCGACACGCCAGAGGCAGUGGAGUACACGGGCGUCGCCAACCUGCUCGCCCGCCUGCGCCCGCAACUCGCCGCUGCUGCUGGCUGCCACACCAUCUUCUCCCUCACCGGUGCUCGUCCCCCCCCUCCCUCACCAGUGCUCCUCCCCCCUCUCCCUCACCACCGGUGCUCCUCCCCCCUCUCCCUCACCGGUGCUCCUCCCCCCUCGCCCCCAUCGGGGCCUUGCCAUGGCUCGCCCAUGAGUUGCUCCCACUCCUUUCACACCACUCUUCCCUCAUCAACCCCCUGCCCACAUCUGCUCCUGCACUCCCAUGCGCACAUGCUGACCGGGGAGCCAGUGGGGGCGCUGUGGGGCGCGCUGGACGACGUGGUGAUGGGGGGAGUGAGCGAGAGUGCUCUGCAGUAUGACAAGACGGCAGGGGAGGGGGGCCUGCCUGCUGCCCUCUUCACAGGUAACCCCAUGUGGUUCCCUUGCGCUCCCUUCUUCGUCCCUGUGCUGUGCACAACGCUUUCCACUGGCGCUUUGGCCCUUGGUCCCUGA